AUGAAGUUGAACUCUUCCAAGUGCUCUGUGAUGUCCUUUGGCCGGUUGCGCGAUCCACGCUAUUUCCAGUACACCUUGGAUGGCCGAGCUCUGGAUAGGGUGUUCACGGUGAGGGACUUGGGUGUUACCUUCUCUGCUGUUUUCUCCUUUAACGCUCACGUGGAUGAUCUGUGCAGACGGGCACACAGGAUGUUGGGGUUCAUCUCAAGGUCGACUCGCGGCAUGACGAGCCCUGUUGUUUUAAAAAUGCUUUAUUCUUCCUUUGUGCGGCAACUACUGGAAUAUGCUAGCACCGUUUGGUCUCCCUACCGCUUGACUCUCAUCUGGAAACUCGAGGCUGUCCAGAGGAGGUUCUUAAGGCUGGUGGGAACGAGGCGGGGACAUCAAUUCAGGGAAGUUCCUCUCGCGUAUCUGCAGAACGAGCUACUCCUACCAGAUCUCCUAGCCAGACGAAAGGCUGCAGAUGUCCUGUUCCUUGCCAAAUUGCUGAAUGGUCUGCUUGAUUGUCCUUCUCUCCUCGCACAAGUGGAUAUCCGCAUUCCUUCAGCUACUCGGUCGCGUGAUCUGUUCGGCAGGCGUCACUCUCUGCGGGAUUAUGACUUUCACGGUCCCCUCGCCCGAAUGAUGAGGCUGGGAAAUAACUUCUGCCACCUUCUCGAUCUUUUUCACGACAGUGCUUCGGCCAUCCGGGGAAGAGUGCUGGCAUCCCUCCGCGGUCCUGUGUAG